GUUUUCCCCAACACGUUGACUGAAAAUGUCCGUUAGCUAAGUUAGCCGUGCAACUGGAGGUUUGAAAUACGUCGGUUAACAUGGAGCUAGUUAACGUUACUUGACUGAGACUGUGGGGGGAAACUCUUUAUUUGGUGCUUAUACUUCAACAGUUGCUCGGACAAGUUCUAGCCUGUGUGCCUUUGUUUAGGUUGAGGUCAAGCAAGGAGAUAAAAAAGCCUGCCCUGACAUGAAAUGAUUGUUUCGGAAACUUGAUACCAAGAGAAUAGCGGUAAUUUGCUGUUAGCAAGGAAACCAUUUUAAACCACCUCGUGCGCAUUUGCGGGGACGCUCGUCUCUGUCUCCAUGGUUACGUGGCGGACGCCCAGCCUCGGCGUUGUCGCGUUGAGUUCGAGCUGCCUGCAGAGGGGGCGGAACAGGAGAGCGGCGACGGGUCCUCCAUUUAUUUCUCCUGGAAAAGACAAAAUCAGUCGAAGAUGCCAUUUCACGACGGAGUCUACUACCCCUACUCCUGUGACACCCAGGGGACCCACUCGUCAGCAGGGAUCCCAUCCCUCCUGAAUUCCCCGCUCAGCCAGCACUCUGUGAACGGCCACUCUGCGCCUGCACCAGGCAUGACUCCAUCCAGCGGAGCCUCCGUCGUCCUUCCGUUCAAGUUCCGCCCUCGUAGGGAGAGUGUGGACUGGCGACGCAUUAACGCUGUGGACAUUGACCUGGUGGUGAGCCAGCUUGAUGUGGAUGCUCUGCAAGAGCACAUCAGCACUGUGACCUUCUGCAGCUUGGAUGGGGAACGAUGUCAGAGGUGCCAGAGCCCCGUGGACCCUGCUCUGAUCAAGCUCUUGCGGCUGGCCCAGCUCACAGUAGAGUGGCUCCUACACUGUCAGGAAUUUCUCACCCUCAACCUGCGCGCGGUGGAGGAGAGGCUGAUGGCCGCUGGCAGGGAGCGAGAGCAGCUGCUGGCUCAGCAGAAGAAGCAGGAGGAGAAGGUGAAGGCGCUGACCGCCGAACUCAAGCAGAGAAAGAAGGUUAUUCGCACCCAGCAGUCCCUGCUCACGCCACGAAUUAUCAGCGGCCAGAAGUGUCCACAGUGUGAUAAAUCCUUCCUCAAUUCCUCAUUUCUGCAGAAUCACAUGCAGCGUCGCCACCCUGAUGAGUAUGAGAUCCAGUUGCGUUCAGACAGUGAGAAGAAGUCUCAGAUUGAAAGCCUCAAACUGGAAAUCAGCAGUCUGAAGGAGCAGAUUGUUCGACAGCAACAGGAACUGCAAACCAAAGCAGCUCAGGAAAAAGAGCAGCAGUCCUUGCACAAAGACCUGCUCAGAGAAAUGGAUCGUUUUAAGGCUGAGGAGAUGGCACGCAUGGAGAGAAAAAUAGAAGACAGCAGGGAUGGCAUGCGCAGGGAGAUGGAGUUUCUUUACACUCGAAACAUUCAGGCUCUCAAUGAAGCAAAUCAGAAUCAGACGGCAAAGCAAGAAAAAUCAGCCAACUCUGUUCACUCACAGCCAGAGAGAGAUGUGGACAACUACAGAGAGAUGCACAUACAAGCCAUCCAAAAGCUGGAACAACAAAUGAAGAAACAGGAUAAAAAGUGGGAAUCCAGGCUGCAGGACAUAAAGACUCAACAUGAGUCUGAAAAGAAUCAGCUGUUGAACGAGCUGAGCAGAAUGCAAUUGUCUGUGACCGAGCACCAAGAGCACAGCCAGAGGCUGCAGCAGGAGAUGGGGAGGAGGCUGCAGGAGAAGGAGCAAACCAUCAAGGCUCAGAGGGAGCAGAUAAGGACUAUUUCUUCAAAUCCACCCACCAAAGUAGUCGAAGUGCCAGUCAUUGUCAGUGCACCAGCUCCAGAUCCUAAACCAAAGAGAGUUGUACUUGACAGCAGCUUCUCUGAGAAGAGGCCAGUGGAGAAGAAGCCUGAGCCUGCACCAGAGAAGAAGCAGAGGGUGACCUCCAGCACUCUGAAAAGGAACACCAGCAUCAAGAAAGAUAUGCGACCAGAUAUUGAGCAAUCUGUUAUUAUGAGACUGGAGAACCUGGGAAUCAAGCCUGAUCAGAGUGGUCUGAAGGACAAAGAGCUCACUUCCAUUCUGGCCAAAGUGCAUUCAAAGCGGGAGAGCUUUGCAAAGGGACAGCCUGACUACUGGCGCCAGCGGGAGGAGUUAGCCAGCACUGUGGAGCAGAAGCUGGGCAGUCAGAGGAGAGGCAGUGAUCCUGCACCUGAGUCACAGACCAGAUCAAGACAAUCAGUUCAAGUGUUGCAGAUUCGACCCCGGUCAAGUAGCCUGCCCUCCAGAUCGACCCAAGUUUCGUCUGGACAUGCAGUCAAACAUCCCAAGACGCCCCAGCCGGCGCCAAGGACCAAGACCACCACCCAGCCCAAGACAUCUACACCCACAACCAAGCCUGCUCUGAGGAACUUCGCACCCAAGACCCCUCCUUUUAGUUCAGACGAGGAAUCUGAGGAAGAGGAAGCAGAUAUGGAAGAGGAAGAGCCCCCGAAACACCAGAGGGGCAAAUCACCGCAAUCCAGACCAAACCAGGCAACCCCAGUCCAAACCAGACUGAGCAAAACCAGUCCAGUUCAAGCAAGGCAGGCUCCAGCCAGGCAUUCAUUCUCCUCCAUCCCCCAACAGACCAGAGCUUCAGUGGGGGGUGUGACCCAGACAGCAGUAACAAAGAUGGAGAGUGAUGAGGAGGAGUGGUCGGAUAUCAGUGAACUGCAGGAGAUUGACCCAAGACAACUUCAGAGUCACAAAGACCAGAACGGCAACGUGGAUAAAAGAAACUUUGGUAAAGAGAACAGAAUCAAUGACCUGGCCCGAAAAAUGGAGAAGCAGUUUGCAGGUAGGGUGGUAAAGAAACCAGCAGGGGGCAUCAGCAUCUUACCAGAGAGGAAGGACGAGGUUCAGGAACUCACGUACACAGAUCUAGAGGAGAGUAGUGAGUGGAUGGUAUCCUCUUCAGAGGACCGACGGGAAAUGUCUAAACCAGCUCGGGGCUCUGGACCGAUGAGGAAGAGCCUGGACUCACCCAGCACCAGUGUCUGGGGAACCUCCACAGGAAAGGCUCCCAAAUCAGCAGGUCUGACUGAAGCUGGAACAGGAAGCACCCUGAAGAGCAGCCUGUGCUCCCUCAGUGACAUCAGUGACUCCGAGGACAUUAGCAAUAAGCACUACAGCUGAUCAGGUGAUGUAACUCUACCCCAAGCACAGACACAAAGACCUCAGGCAACUCCGCUGACACCUGCAGUGCACGCCAGACAGCCAUAUUUUAUACUCUUAUUACAUGGAAGCUAUAAUACAGACAGAGCAAUACUUAUAAUACAAAGGGGAAAUUGUUUUCUAAUCUUUCUAAUAAAUGUUAGAGAUAAAUCAGCUCACCGAUUACAGUCUUACCUUAUGUUUUGUGCCAAUUCUUUGCUUGCUUUAGACCUUUACAGUGUUGUAAAUAGAUUCUGUUUUGUAUCUUCAGUGAAAUAUAACCCAUACUCCAAAUGAGAUUGUAUGUAGCUCAUUUUUAGAUUUUAUACAUUAACUUUUAUAAUCUCUUCAUGUGUCAAAUGGAGCAAUGAGAUGUGAUUUUGUACAGAAAAUAUUUAUACAAGCAAUAAAAGAUUUUGUGAAUUACAAAGCUGAAAAUUGUCACAUGAAACAUGACAAUCGAGGCACCUGUCAUCAAGAUUUGUUCUGUCUUCAACCAAAGAACUGAUUUCUCACAAAUUUAUUCAUAAAGUCACCUAGCAGUAUGCAGACCUUUGUGUUAGUCAGUAAAGACAUGUAUCUUCUUUUUGCACAACUACAAAAUUCAGGAUAAGUGGGAACCAAUUUGUUAUUUCGUUACUCUUUUGUUACUCUCGUUUCAAGUAUUUUCAAGUUAAAUUGCUCCACAGAGUUCAAGCCACGAAACUGAUUGAUGAAGGGAAGCUGAUGAAAACAGUCAAAAAUGUCUAAGUAUGGACAACUGCACAAGAGUUUUAUUUGUAAUUUUGAACAGAUUUGUAAACAAAUACAAACAUAUCGCAUUUUUUUCCAGGCAUUUUUUCUACUCUUUGAUACUGAACUUUUUAACCUCUUUUAAAACAACAAAGUAUGCAGAGACUUGAAGAUUAACCGCAUCAGCAGACAUUGAAUGCUGCCUGCUGAAGAUGAAACACAGCUAUAAAUACAAAA